CAUGCCAGGUUCAACCACCGCCUGUCCUCCACCUUCCUGGGCAUCGACGAGAGCUACACCCUGAGCUAUGGCUUUGGGGACGUGGCCGUGGCGCUGGGAUGGGACACGGUGACACUGACCAUCCCAGGCCAGUUCAUGGCAGCCCUGCUGCAGGCUCUGGGUGCAGAGGAGAGCGAAUACGGGUUCCUCGUCGACUGCAGCAGCGUCCCCGAAAUGCCCACGCUCUCCUUUGCCAUCAGUGGUGCCUGGCUAGCGCUGCCUCCCUCCAUCUACAUCCUGCAGAAUGAUGGAGUCUGCACGGUGGGGGUGGAGAGCACCUACGUGUCCUCCUCCAGCGGGCAGCCCCUCUGGAUCCUUGGGAAUCUCUUCCUGCGCCAAUAUUAUUCCAUCUUUGACAUGGCCAACAACAGAGUGGGCUUGGCCACAGCGGUUUAGGGAUCCUGAAAAUCAAAUUUUAUCCCUGGAACAGCUUCUCCUGCCUCGGAUCCGGGUGUGAUGAGGAGUAGGGAAUAAAGGACUGCGAAUCCAGCUUGG